UUGUUCGAUAAGCACAAUAUGUUCGAUGAAUUAUGAAUGCCAUGAGGAUAAUAUGUCGUCGCUACCCAUGUCGGAACCGGAGCGAGGGGAUGAUUAUCGUGAAUACCGUACAGCGAUCACCUUGGAGAAAUGUGGUUCGAAGAAACUUAUCCCAUCGCUCAGUAUGACGUGUCUCAGAGUCGUGCUGUUCGUCGCACCCUAUCCUAUGCUGUUGCUCUGCAAUCCGGAAACCUUCAUGGAUAUGUUGAAAUUGACGCAGGGAGAUCCCCGAACCAGAUAGCAUACCUUUGCGAAGGCAAGAUGUUUGCUAGGGAUCGGUCGUCGAUCGUGUCCAUGGCGGAUCUGCACCGGACGCUACACUUGAAGGCGCCGUACCUAACUCACAUCAGCCAAAGCACCGGGAAACGUUGUAGGAUCCAUCUCCAGUUUUGGUUUAUCCGUCAUAUCCAGUUGAAGUUGCUAUCGCCCUUUAGUUGUGCAACUAACCGCCAGGAAGCAGGAUAUCGUAUUUCAGGCCUCCUGCGGCUCCCUCUUCCGCCUCCUCAUCAACACUGUGACUUUGUUCAUGCGUUCCCCCAUCUAUACCGGGUGCAAUUCAUGUCAUGCAAAGGAGCCAGUGAGAGUGUCUAUUUUGAUGUCUCUCACGGCCAAGAGCCAUAUUCAUCUGUCAUAUGGUAUCCACUUGUUCUGAUACUGAGUGCACGCUGCGCUUUGCAUCACUUUGGUAUCAUCACCAAGUCAGGUUCAAAUGAACAGCCUGUCUUCUAUCCUCAAGCACAUCUAAGAAGCCUACGUCAACAUCUCGCUGAUGUCAAUCCACUCUCCCAGACCUUGCUCCACGAAAUCGAAUUCAACGGAAUCCUCGCGUUUCCGGCUCGACAUGAGUACAUCCAAUUGCAUGUAUUUGCAAUUACCGUUAAUCAGACUCUCAAUCUCCUCAUCAUCACCGACGGAGAAGCUUUUGUUCUACAGAAACGUCGGACUGGACAACGACUACUGUCCCGACUGGAUCAGAUCCAGUGCAAGACGAAGAAGAAGUCGCCGCAGCAUGUCCCUGGGCUACUCCAAGACAAGAAUGGUCCGCCAAUCAUUAAGCAUGACGGGUGCGACUGGUCUUCGAUGCGUCUUCUCAUCUUCGGAACAAAAUCUACAGCCGCAUUGGCACCUUCUCGGCUAAGUAGAUCUUUCUGUUAACUGGUUCUAUGGCAUGGACCGUGUCUAUCCCGGUGGUUUUAACUUGUAGAUGCGACAUGUUUCCGAAUACCACACGCCUUAAAC